AUGGAGCAAAGGUUGCUAGAAGCGGCUCGAAAGGGCAAUAUCGAAGAGCUGAAUGACUUGAUCAGAAGCAAUGGGCUCAUCCUCGAGGAGAUGGCUCUCGAAGGAGCCGGUCACACACCGCUGCACGUUGCUUGUGUGGCCGGCCAUAUGGAUUUUGUCCAAGAGCUCCUGAAGUUGAUGCCCAAGUUCGCGGAAAAAGUGAACGCGGAUGGUUUCAGCCCAUUGCACAUCACAGCAGCUCGAGGUGAUGUAGAGAUCACGAGGGAGCUCUUGAAAGUGGGUCAACACCUGUGCUCUGUGAAGGGACGGGAGAGAAGAAUCCCUUUGCAUUAUGCCGUCAUAAACGGGGAGCUCGAUGUCAUGAAGGUGCUGCUCUCCACCUCUCCCGAUUCUGUCGAAGAGACAACCGCCCGAAAGGAGAUGGCGCUUCACCUCGCUGUGAAAAACAACCGGUUCGAUGUGGUCGUUGUGUUGGUGGAGCAUCUGAAGAAGUAUAACAAGGAAAAGGUUAUCAAUUGGAAGGAUCACGAAGGCAAUACCGUCUUGCAUCUUGCCGCCGCCUCAAAAAAUUUCGAGGUGGUUAAAUUCAUACUUCAUGGGACUGGUCUGAAGUACAAGGUCGUGAAGGUGAACGCCCUGAACGAGAGUGGCUUGACGCCUCUAGAUGUCUUAACUCUCUCGCAAAUGGGAGAAGGAGAUAGAGAGAUGAGAGAAAUUCUCGUACGAGCUGGAGCCAGGCACGGAAAAGGAAUAUCAGACAGGCCCGCUUCUUCAGGCCUAGUCUCGGCGGACGAAGAUGCCAGCGAGGGAGACAACAGUCCUCGAUCAGAUGGGGAACCAGUCCGAGAUGCUCCUCAAUCGGCAACAGUCCCUACGCCAUGCAGAAAUUUGAACAGAAACGGCUCAUUGGACGUACGCAACGUCCUGCUGGUAGUCGCUGCGCUCAUCGCAAGCGCAACCUACCAAGCCGUGCUCCAGCCUCCGAGCUAUAAGAUAAAAGUUGAUGAUAGUUACAAGAAAAGCAUCUUCGGGUAUCGAGGUUUUAACAGGAACUCGGGGUACAUCGUCUUCAUGAGCUUCAACACAUUCGGAUUCUUGGUGUCGGUCCAGACUAUCAUUUCCCUCACCAGAGACCUCCCAGUCAGGCUGCCACUGCUACUCUCCACGUUCUCCAUGGUUCUAACUUAUGCUACCUUCAUGGGAUACGUACCGUUCUCGUCGAUGGACAAAGCGUUAACCCUGAAAAACGAGGCAUUAUUCUAUACACUGCCGAUCUCAAUAUCAAUUCUUCUUCUGCUGACACAGAACUGGUUGGCGCUAAUUUUAGACCUCAUCUUGGCAAUUGUUUCUAAGCGUAACAUCGUAGGUGAUAUGUACAAUCUAUGGGCAAAACCCGAAUCACAAACAAUACAACGGAGGGUUGCCAAAAUGAAAACUCAUAGGAUGCAUUUGGUCCGGGUUUUGGGGAAAAUUUUGGAGAAAGUGCUAGAGCUUUUAGCUUAG